GCUACCUUCCUCCUCGUCACUUUCUCACGUUUCCGCGAGUGUAGUGCGGAACCGCGCGAUAAAUCACGGCCAAUUUCUUCCCGCCUUUUAAGACGGCUGAUCGAUUUGGAUUCACGCUGAAGCUUGUCGUGGUUAUGCUUCAUCGAUACUACUUGCUGCGCGAGAAACUGUAACGAACGAGUGAUCGGAUGACGCAUCUAUUCGGACUUAGAAACUGAUAGAUUUGAUUGAAUACGUGAGUAGAGGGAUGAGCACAUACAGAGCACUCCGCUUCUUGUAACCCAAGUAGUGAUGCAUAUCAGUGUAAGCACAACCGUGACUAAUACACAAAGAACGCCAGCGUGAAGCCGCGAACGUGAGAAUCGCGCGCGUAAAACUGAUGCUUACUAAACGCACUGUCUCCCCGUAACUUUGGUAGUGGGCCCAACCAUCGAGAAUGCACUUGGCUGUGUGAACAAUAGUUGCUCGUAAAACAGUUGUGCAAUGGCCGUGGCACGGCCGUCCGGCGUCGCCGUUUAACUACUCGAUUUUACUCCUUAAUUUAUUAUCUUUUCUUUCUUUUUUUUUACGCCGAAAUUGUUACGAUCGCCCCAGAUCGCGAUCAUGUCAUCGAGGAAAGAAAUCAAGACGACUGAGCAGGAGCUUGCUUAUCGUCAAAAGCACUGUCAUGACAUUAGAGUUCUCAAGGAGAGAGGUAUAAAAUGUUCUUCAUGUGGCAAUGAAUUAAAUGUCUCGUCAAAUCGAAUCUUUUCUAAUCCGUGGAUAGGAAUAUUGCAAUGUGAGCAAUGUCGAAAACACUUUAAGGAAGUAAGUACGAGAUUUGAAAAGAAUAACACUGAGAAAUAUUGUUAUAUAUGUGGUAACAGCAAUAAACUGUAUGUAUGUGGUGAUGAAGAUUGCACCUCGGCAUUUUGCAAGAAAUGUAUAAAGAGAAAUGUGAGUUUAUCAUUGUUAGCUGCAGAAAAGGACGAUUGGAAAUGCUUCACAUGCAAUCCUAAGCCUAUUUGGCAAUUGAGAGCUGUGUGCGCAGUUGUGAUGAGUGAUCUUUCAAAAGGGCAUAACAGGAGAGACACCCACACACGUGAAAAACAUACUUUGCCAUUUGACAAACAACGAUUCAGAAAAACUAGAGAAAUACAAAAGGCCUUGAGCGCGUUUUGUGACGAAGACGAUGAUGACGGUAAUUAUUCUGACAACAGCUCAUUUCUUACUGCAAGAUCUACAAUAUCUAUGCUGGGAGCGUGUAACACAAAUCGUGACGUAAAGAGACAAGAUACAAACUCGGCUUCGCGAGAAAGUAUAUUGGAAAUAAGCUUGGUAGAUUCUACGUCUAGCGAGAGCUCAUCUAGCUCGCGCGAACGACGAGGCGAGCAAAGAAAAAGCAGAGAGCGCGAGAAAGCGAGAUCGGUGGAUGAACAAGAUUCCAGCAGCGGCGUCGCACAGAGAGUUUCCAAAUUAGCUAUGAAUGGAAAAUGUAAACCAAGGAGAAAUGUAAUUUCUUCCGAUGAUUCGGAUGACGAGUCCCCCGAUCUGAGUAGAACGGUCAGACAGAAGCACACGGUCAAACAUAAGAAGUCCGAAGAAGUGAGAAGUAAAACGAGCAAUCGUAAUUACACGAACUCUUCCGACAGCGAGAGCGAUUGUGUAAACGAAACGUCGAAUACAUCCAAGAGUCUUUCAAAGUAUACGGCGCACCAGAAGAAGGGAAAGAUCGCUGGUGGUUCUUGUAGCACGAAGUCGGCUAAGGACAAACAGAAGAAGAUGAAUCACGAUUCAUCUAACGAAUCUGAAGAUGAUCUCGAGCACAAGAAGCAAACUAAAAAGAAGAGUUCUACGAAUAAUACGCUGCAUAGUAAGGAUGAACAAAAGCAAGAGAAUCGUGAAAAAUUGCUGAAGAGAACCUUUUGCGAGACUCGAGAGGAUGACUCAGACGCCAGCUCUGGUAAGGAAUUUCAAAAGAUAAAAAUUCAAAAGUUGCAUAGCGAUAAAUAUUCUAAAAGGCAAUUGUUCAAUUUGGAACAAGAUCGUAGCAAGUUAACUAACUUGGAGACCGAAAAAGGUGAGAGGAGUAUCGAUGAGCCGACGACCUCGGGUUUCAAUGAAGCAAAAGAAAUUUUGAAAGGAUGUAAAAAGAUAUGUCUAAGUUUUCUAAUGUACAUAGACUCUAUAGAGCAACUCUAUGGAAAGAAGGCUGAAGAAGAAGUGAUACUGAAAUCUGCGGGGAAGGUUAAUAAAUUGAAGACGAUGCUGGAGAAGAAGGAAAGGGAUUUAACGACUUUCUGUCAAUCGUGCUCCAAGACUAGGGAAAAUCGCGUUGCUACGAGAAAUUCGCGCAAGAUAAUUAGCGAUGACGACGACGAUGAUGAGCAAGUUUCAGAAAUAACUGAUACACGCGAAGAACGCCCAAUGAGUGAGAACGGACGUAAUUCUGGGAACGAGCGAGAGGGCAAGGACGUGUCCGAGUGUGACAGUGAAGAAAUAUUUUCAGCAGACGAGAUGAGAACACCUCAGAAGAUGCAAAGCAAGAAGAGUAUAUCGAGGGUAGAAGAUGAUCCCGAUGAUAUCACUACUGAAAUUGGCAAAGACAGAAUGCCGAUAGAUAAAUCGAAAACUAAUGAUAAUGUGGAUUUACAAGAUGAAAAAUCAGCUGCAGUAUCAUCUAUCUCAAAAGAAAAAAAUAUCAGAACGGAAAACACAAAAUCAAAUGAAAAGCAACUGCUUAGAGAAUGUGAUAGCAACAGCAAAAGGACAGAAUUGGCAGAAAAAGAUACUGAUUCGAAAGAUGAGAAACAGGCCAAAUUAAAUGCUAACAAUCAUGAUAAUGAAAGCACCUUUGAAGAUUCCUCUGCAAAAAAUGGUAAUCAGGAAACGACAUUACGGGGUGACAACCAAGAUGAUUCUAUAAGCAGAACGGUUGCAAUUGACGUGUCAUUAGAUUUGUUUGAUUCAUCUUUCGACCUCCACGACGAAGAUGAAAAUGAGAUGGAAGCAGAAAAAAUGGAUACAGAAACGAGCUGUGAGAAAACAAAGUUUUUAUCUAAAACUACGUCUUUAGAUACUCGUGAAACCUCGUUGCAGGAUAAAAUUCCAGAUGAAAAAAAUAAUGCGUCUGCUUUGGUUCCUAGAGGCGAAGAAGAGGAUUAUCGAAUCAGAAUCUGGUUCCAAUCUGCUGGCAGAUUGCACACAUUUUGCUUACUGCGGGAAGUAUGUUACAGUCGAACAAUCAAAAUGGCAGAAGAGUGA